AUGUCGGCUCGACCUGUCUUCCGCGCCGCAACGCGGACUUUGCGACCUUCUCUCUCAUGUUCCUGUUCUUUCGUUCGCUCUGCCAAACCCUUCAGCACAUCGAUUGCCGCGCAAAAGCCCGCCACGAAUAAUAGUAAUACCUCGUCCUCGUCUGAGAGAACAACACAUUUUGGAUUUGAAGAUGGUCUGUCAGAGGCAGAAAAGACGGAGCGCGUGGCUGGUGUUUUCCACAGCGUCGCCGAGUCAUACGACAAGAUGAAUGAUCUAAUGUCUUUCGGAUGGCAUCGUAUAUGGAAGGAUCACUUUGUCAGCUCGCUCAACCCAGGCUUGUCCCCUCACAACCCGCCUACACCGCAGAACAUACUCGACGUCGCCGGAGGUACUGGUGAUAUCGCCUUCCGCAUGCUCCACCAUGCCCACCAAGUCAAUGCAAACCCGGACGUGAGCGUCACUAUUUCUGAUAUAAAUACAUCAAUGUUGGCGGUCGGCAAGCAGCGAUCUCUUUCGCUACCUGCCUCUCAGCAGGCUGUUCUCUCCUUCCAGCCCGCCGACGCCACGGUGCUACCCGAGUCUUUCAAGCCGAAUUCUUUCGAUCUAUACACGGUUGCCUUUGGUAUCCGAAACUUCAGCAACAUCCCACAGGCACUAAGGGAAGCAUACCGCGUCUUGAAACCCGGUGGUGUGUUUGCGUGCCUGGAGUUCAGCAAGGUGGGCAACCCGUUGCUGAAUGCCGUCUACAAGCGCUGGAGUUUCUCUGGCAUUCCUCUUGUCGGUCAGUUGGUCACCGGCGAUCGCGACAGCUACCAAUAUCUGGUAGAGAGUAUCGAGCGAUUCCCAACCCAGGAGGAGUUUAGGGAUAUGAUUGUCGAUGCUGGUUUCGUGGUCGGCGGUGACGGCUAUGAGAACCUGACUGGAGGUGUUGCCGCUAUUCACAAGGGCAUGAAGCCUCUCGAUGCCAAAUAA